AACCGAGACUAACCGUCAGUCAUGAUGGUCAGUUUGAUGUAUUCAGAUUUGUGUGUGAAAUAUCAGGGUCAGAGUCAGUAACUGCUGAUUUUAGCUGUAAUCUCUACACUGGAGAAAAUACUCAGCUUUUCCUAAACCAAACAUCUCAAAAGAGAAAAUCUCUGAAGGUUUGUAGUUUUACAGCACAGAGAGACGCUGUGUUUAAUCGUCUGCAGUCAGUAAAGAGUCGUGAAGUGAGCUGUGAUUAUUCACUGAUCUCUGACCCGACUGCUCGCUCUCUAAUGAGUGAUAAACACAACAUGAUGCAUUUCUUUACAACAACAACAACAACAACAAUAAUGAGUGAUAAAUACAUGACACGUUUCUUUCCUACACCAACACAGCCGUCCAUCACUACUGAGAAAUCCACUGCAUAUUCCUCUUCUGAAUCAACACAGCAGUCCGUCACUACACAGAAAUCCACUGCAGGAUCGCUGCCUACCGUACUGUCAGUCACCGGUGUGUGUGUUUUACUGGCUGGACUGAUGGGCUUCUGUCUCUGCGUGUGUAUCAGCGGUGAUGAGGUUUACACAGAGGUGAUGUACACACUCUCCUCUCAGCAGUUCUCAGAGGAAACACAGCUCCUUUCAGCUUCCUCUGAAUGAUGGACACUGAACAGCUUCUGUCUUCUGUCUCAGUUUAAAGUCUGAACUCAAUAAACUCUUAUUUGUUAAAUAACACAAAUGUUCCUAACAAUUCAUUUGAUUCUCAUGAAUGCUUUUCACAGUCUGCCUUUAUCAUGAACCGUGUGUUUUCUAAAGGAAAUCUGCAGGGUGAACUAUUUUACUGUUGAAUUUGAAACUCACAAUAAAUCAUUUAAUCAGAGAUGCACUUUAAAUCAUCCGAGUAUUGCUUCUUUAUCUUUUAUCUUCUUAUACAGCCUAUCUGUGUGGAUUAAUUUUAUUGGUCUUGCUUUGUUGUUUUAUUUUUAUAUUUGAGGCAGGAUCACAUCUGUAAUUAUUUAUUUAACAUGUACAUGUAUUCAUAAAUCUAGAACAGUCACAGUUGUUUAUCUGAUAAUGAACAGGUUUUGUUUUUUCCUUAAAGAAUCUGUACGUGUACAACAUUAUAUUAUAAUCACAUGGGAAAUCAUCUGUCCUCAUUUACUGUAUAUAAACUAAUAUACUAAUGAAUGCUUAUUUACAGAUUUACUCAACAUGACAUCUUAAAUGUUUUGGAGAUAUUAAUGCCAAUAAAUAACUACUUUAAAACAGCUCACUCAGUAUUAUGGAAUUGAA